AUAAUAAACAGUGUGGAAAGAGACGGCGAUGGUCGUGGAAGAUGGAAUCUAAUACUAAUCCAAUCUUCCUUUAAAUCUCUCACCUUUGUGUUAUUUAUUUCUUGUUUACUUUUUUCUUUCUCACUCUCUCAAUCUGAAAUUGCUGUUUCAUUGUUCUUCUUCUGUUGCUGCGAUGGGUGAAGUUACUGAUGCAGCCAUGGAUGCUGUUCAAAAGCGUCUCAUGUUUGACGAUGAAUGUAUUUUAGUGGAUGAAUUAGAUAAUGUUGUUGGGCAUGACUCAAAAUACAAUUGUCAUCUGAUGGAGAAGAUUGAGUCUUUGAAUUUGCUGCACAGAGCUUUUAGUGUUUUUCUCUUUAACUCGAAAUAUGAAUUGCUUCUUCAGCAACGAUCUGCGACUAAGGUAACUUUCCCACUGGUGUGGACAAACACUUGUUGCAGCCAUCCACUCUAUCGUGAGUCCGAGCUUAUCCAGGAGAACUUCCUUGGGGUAAGAAAUGCUGCACAAAGGAAACUAUUGGAUGAAUUGGGUAUUCCAGCUGAAGAUGUGCCAGUUGACGAAUUCUUUCCCCUUAGUCGUAUGCUCUACAAGGCUCCAUCUGAUGGCAAGUGGGGAGAACAUGAAUUGGAUUACCUACUCUUUAUGGUAAGAGAUGUGAAUGUGCAUCCAAACCCUGAUGAAGUGGCGGACAUUAAGUACGUGAAUGCUGAGGAGUUGAAAGAGUUGUUGCGGAAAGCUGAUGCAGGUGAAGAGGGUAUCAAGCUAUCACCUUGGUUUAGACUAGUUGUUGAUAACUUCUUGUUCAAAUGGUGGGACCAUGUCAAGCAAGGUACACUUCAUGAAGCUGCUGACAUGAAAACCAUUCAUAAGUUGAUGUAGAGUUUUCAACAAGCGUCCUGUUGAACAAGUAACAGGGCAAAUAAAGAGCCAGAGUGGUGUCUCUCUGAAAUUGUUGUUGCACUAUAUAGAGUUAUGAAACCAACAUCAUUUUAUUCUUUUCAUUAGGUGAAUUAUGAUUUUCCGUUCUAUCAACUUUUCAAACCUUUUUGUUUGUAUUUUGAUUGAUAUAGGUAGGUAUUUUACCUGCAUAGAAAGUUAUGUGUGAUUCCAUCCAA